CACCGUACAUUGAAAAUUGUAUCGUUAUAUAUUGCAACAAGCAUGAGAUCCAUAAUUUUAUGAUUUCUUGAACCUGCCCUUCCAGUUUCCUUCCUUCCCAGUGUUUUGUUGUCUUUUGUGGCUUUCGUAGCAGCAGCACAAAAACGAAAGUAGAUCUAGGCCACGGGCCAAAGCUCAGUCCAAAGUGCAGAUUUACGAAUCGAGACGUGUUAUGAUAUUGAGAAUGUUAUAUAUAAUACUCAGACUCAGGAUGAUGUCCACUAAGUCCACUGCAGUGAUGCGGCUUGUUCCUGUUCGUACGUUGUCUAGCAUGGCUAAGGAACCCAAAAAACUGGAAACAAAGACAAGCACCUUUGAAUUAUCAGAUAGGCAUCAGCUGCAUGUUGCCAAGUCUCGGGAAUCAUGGCAGUGGAAGACAGAUCCCACCAAAGUCUUAGUGCUGUUUUUUCCAUGGUUGGGAUCCAAAGAAAAGCAUGUGCAGAAGUACCGAGAUUUGUACCUGUCUAGGGGACUUGAUGUUCUUACUGUCAAGUCUGUUGUGUCUGACUUUCUGUGGCCGCCCAAAGCACAGAAAUUUGGCAAGCAAACAAUGGAGGUUCUAGCAGAGCACUGCAACAACUAUGAACAUUUCCUUCUCCAUACCAUGUCAGUUGGAGCCUACAACAUGACCGUCUUGAGAAUGUUGGCUGCAGGAGAGAAUGACCCCAGUGGCAUUUUGCGGAGGUGCAGAGGACUCAUUUAUGACAGUAUUGUGGGUGGUUCUGGCAAAGGUGGGGUAGUCCAAGGUAGUGAUGCAGCUGAAGUUGAUAAAAAACCAGUCCAUGCCACAAACAGAAUGCUCCAUGGGAUCGCUGUAUCUGCCAGUAAAAAUAGAGUUGUGCAACUAACAAUUAAAGGCGUUGGGAAAAUGUAUUUGUUCUUUACCAAAAAGAAUACAGUAGCCUUUUAUGAUAAAUCUCUGACUGUUGUUAGGGAUGAGCCUUUACCGGUUCCGACGUUGAUGUACGCGUCAAGAAAUGACCCAAUGGUCGAUGCGUAUGUUGUUGAGCAGCUUGCACAUAUUUGGAGAACAAGUAAGGGUGUACCUGUUGAAGUGAAGCUUUGGGAUGUCUCAGGCCAUGCACAGCACCUGGUGAAACACACAGAGGAGUACGUGGAAACUUUGGACAAGUUCUUAUCUGAUAUUUUUAGUGAAAGUUUGCCUUCUCUACCUGGUGCAUCAAAACUGUAAACAAUGAUGUCAAAAAAUAUCUCGUCUCAAAUAAUUUCUUUGAAGCAAAGAUAUUUCGUCGUAGAUUACUGUGUUCAAUUCAACAUCUCAAUGAGAUCGCAAGCAAAUUUUCAGUUUUACUCAUACUGAGAAUAGCCAAGUGAUGUACAUAGUCUGUCUCCCCGCCCCCUUUCAAGGUGCAUUAGAUUCAUAGAAAAAAAAUAACAUUGCUCAAUAGUUAUUACUUGUGUCUGCCAGCUUCUACCCAAAUUUUGUUUUUAUGUUCCAAGUUAUAGGUUUACAGAUGACGUUCUUAAUUGUGAUGUUUACCCAGAAAGAAAUCAUUUUCUUUAAUUUACCUUUGAAAUUAUAAAAAAAUUGUAUACACUUUGCGCCGUCCAACUAUCUUGCCCAUUGAAUGGAAGGUUACAGUAGGUUUUUUUUAUUUU